AUGAUGACGACAAACCCCCCAAGAUAUUUCUCGCCUAAGCGCAAACGAGAACCUUCCGAGUCGGACUAUUAUAGCCCAUCCGCAUCGCCAACUUCGACGGUCUCUGUCGCUAGUCUACAAGAAGCCCUGAUUCGCGAGGAGACUGAGCCGGGGAGGUAUAGCCCUCGGGCAGCGGUGGCGGGACGUUUCAAAGAUUUGGCCAUUCGUGGAGAGCGUCUUCCAGAACGUGGAGGUUCAAAUCGCGACCUCCAGCAACCAUACACGCUACAGCCGGAACAGGCAACAUGUAUCGCCAAAAGCCACGACCGAGGCUCUAUGGGCAUGGCUGAACCCUUGCAAGCUCAUGCCCACGAGCUGGGAAGCCACCGCAUCGGUUCAGAUUCGGCAACGGCAACACAUCACAUCUCAGACAAUGCCCUUGUCACACCUGCUUCUACGCCCUCAAAAAAGAGGUCAGAUCCAUCUUCACAACAAAAAAGUGAUCUCGCAUCGCCUUCCAAAGGUCGCAAGCAGCGAUCAUCCCCUCCACCCUCAGAUGUUCCUCUGGAUGAUCCGUUCACAUGGCAUGACCACGAAAUUACCGGACAUAACCCGACCGAUCCAACAGAUGAUGGCUAUGGAAUCAACGGUGUGGGAUUUAAGCCAACAGCAGCCAUUGCGUGGGCUCGGUCUCAGAAACGACAACGCCAAGUUGCCGAAUGGAAGUCCCGGGAGGCACGAGAAGCUCGUGAGAAGCGACGAGCCAAGAGGAAUGACAGCUCUGACAUGGACAAGCUUCACAGCAUACAAGAAGGUGCUAUCCAGAAACGAGUCAAGUUCGAUGUACAAGACAGACAGUGA